UUUGGAGACAUUUGGGCUGGGCAGUAGCCCACCCUUCCCUUGGCAUUGAACCGCCAAGAACAUACCGUUGAGAGACCAAACUGCGACGACACCAAACGGUGCUUUUUCGGAGACCACUUAUUCGUCCACCCAAUUCAACCUCCUCGUCUUCGUAGAUCUGCAUCUUUCUCAUCUCUAGCACACAAUUUGACACACUGUUUAACAAAUCAUCAUCAUCGGCACCGGCACAGACGUCAAAUCUUCGCCGUAGAUCUGAAAAUGGUGCUGGUCUCAGCCGUACGGGAUUACAUAAGCCGGAUGUUGCAGGACAUCUCCGGCAUGAAGGUUCUUAUCCUCGAUUCCCACACGGUUAGUAUAGUGAGUGUGGCGUAUUCGCAAUCCGAGCUUCUUCAGAAAGAAGUGUUUUUGGUGGAAUUGGUUGACUCCAUUUCCAAGUCCAGAGAAUCCAUGUCUCAUCUCAAAGCCGUUUACUUCCUUGCACCCACUUCUGAGAAUAUCCAGUAUUUGCGCCGGCACUUGGUUGCUCCUAGGUUUGGAGAGUAUCACCUGUUUUUCUCCAACAUAUUGAAGGAUACCCAGAUUCAUAUUUUAGCUGAUUCAGAUGAGCACGAAGUUGUGCAGCAACUUCAGGAGUUCUAUGCAGACUUUGUUGCCAGCGAUCCUUACCAUUUCACUUUGAAUGUGCCAUCAAAUCACAUUUAUAUGCUCCCAGCAGUUGUAGAUCAUUCAAAUUUGCAGCGCUUCUCUGAUCGAGUUGUUGAUGGAAUUGCAGCUGUCUUUUUGGCAUUAAAACGAAGACCUGUAAUUCGUUAUCAAAGAACAUCUGAUAUUGCGAAAAGGAUUGCACAGGAAACAGCAAAGCUGAUGUACCAGCAGGAAAGUGGACUUUUUGAUUUCAGACGAACAGAAAUUUCUCCAUUGUUGCUGGUAAUUGAUAGGAGGGAUGAUCCUGUAACCCCAUUGCUGAAUCAGUGGACCUAUCAGGCAAUGGUUCACGAAUUGAUUGGUAUUCAAGACAACAAAGUGGACUUAAGAACCAUUGGCAAAUUUCCAAAGGAUCAACAGGAGGUUGUGCUAUCAUCAGAACAAGAUGGUUUUUUCAAAAAGAACAUGUACGAGAACUUUGGUGAUAUUGGGAUGAACAUCAAGCAGUUGGUUGAUGAAUUUCAGCAAAUUUCGAAGAGUAACCAGAACAUUCAGACGAUAGAGGACAUGGCCAAAUUUGUUGACAAUUACCCUGAGUACAGAAAGAUGCAUGGAAAUGUUUCAAAGCAUGUGGCACUGGUUACAGAAAUGAGCAAACUAGUUGAAGAGAGAAAACUUAUGUUAGUUUCACAGACAGAACAGGAGUUGGCUUGCAAUGGUGGGCAGGUGGCAGCUUUUGAGGCGGUGACAAAUCUAUUAAACAAUGAAAGUGUAUCCGAUAUUGAUCGCCUACGACUUGUCAUGUUGUAUGCUUUGCGCUAUGAGAAGGAAAGCCCUGUGCAACUGAUGCAAUUAUUUAACAAACUGUCUUCUAAGUCUGCCAAGUACAAGCCUGGGCUUGUCCAGUUUCUCUUGAAGCAAGCGGGUGUGGAUAAGCGAACUGGGGAUCUUUAUGGAAAUCGAGAUUUCUUAAAUAUUGCACGUAACAUGGCUCGGGGGUUGAAGGGGGUUGAGAAUGUGUACACACAACACCAGCCUCUUCUCUUCCAAACUAUGGAAAGCAUCACCAAGGGACGACUGAGAGAUGUGGACUACCCAUUUGUUGGAAAUCACUUUCAGCAGGGCAGGCCUCAAGAAGUUGUGAUUUUCAUUGUUGGAGGAACAACAUACGAGGAGUCUCGCUCUGUAGCUUUACAAAAUUCUAUGAAUACUGGAAUUCGUUUUAUACUUGGUGGUUCUGCGAUUCUCAAUUCUAAGAGGUUCUUGAAAGAUUUGGAAGAAGCUCAGAGAGUAGCUCGGACUAGCAAUGCUGUCUGAAUUUUGGGUUCUUGUAUAUCUUUCAUUUCAAGAGCCAUGUGCACAAGUGUUUGUGGAUGUAUACGGGUGUUUAGAUAUGGUCACCAGCUAUAAUAUCAAAAAUUGCCACACAUGCUUGAGGGUUCAUCAGAAUCGCCCUCUGGUCCUGCAGAAGACACGGCCUUUUCGUUACCAUUUUGUUGGGAGUAAUUACUGAAGGGGAUUUGUAUCCCAUAAAUUUGGAGGGAAAGAUCUAACAGCAGUUUCCCUCCAUACCAUAAGAAGCAUAGAAAAGAAUGAGAUCUCACAACUUUGCACCAAUUUUUUCGCUAACCAAGCCGGAUACCCUAGGACUUAAUUAACAUGUACUUUCUUGCCUUGUUCAGAAGAAGCUUGUCAUACAUGAAAUCUCCCUAUUCUUUUUAUUUUAAUAUACAUUACUGUAUCAAUGUAGUUUGUACUUAAGAUAUUGUGAGAGAUCAACAAAGUAUAGAUUUACAGUA